CGAUCAAUGGGUUGACGAUCCUGCCAAGCAAAACAAAAAAGAAGGCAAAGUCGGCAAGUAAACAUAACAAGUGAAAGUAACUCAUCCCCAAAAAUUAAGUUCAACUCUUGAACAACGUAUCCUCGGCAUAAGCGAAGCUGUUCAUCAAAAUGAACUUGUGUUGAUUAAAACUCCAACAUGGAGGCUCUAUACUAGCCAUUAGUCCAUGCACAUCCCUCCAAUUACACAAUAAUCACUGAUAUAUUGAAUAAUAAUUCAUCAAUAAUAUGAAACAAUAUGUAAAAUUAUUGAAGUUGAUAAACUUCAUUGUAAGAGAAGGACAAAGGCGGAUUUAAGAUGUAAAUUUGACGGGUUCAAAAUAUAAUAGUGUUUUCUCGUUGACCAAGACCAAAAAUGCAUCCUUUUGGGAAACAUAAAGGACCAUUUAUGUCAGCAUUAGAUAUCAGGGACCUAAGUGAACCUACUAUUUAAUGCUAAGGGAUCCUUUAGGCUGUUUUCUCAAAAUAAAUUCUUCAGAUAUCAUUUCAACCACUCAAAUGUUAUCUUGUUUAGGUACUGAAUCUUUUGUUCUUUACACAUUUGUUUAUUGAUACUCAUAAUAUUGUCAUUUCUUCUAUCCUUUUCUCAAAUAUCUCUUUCAGUGAUUUUGAAGCUGUAUGAUCGAUCUUCCAUUGAAAGGUUAUAAUCGCUAAGGACAAAAACAAGAAUACAGUAGAUAUGGCUCAUGCAAGUGUGGCAUCUCUUAUGAGAACAAUAGAAUCGCUCUUGACAUCCAAUUCUCCGAUGCGAUCUCUGUUCUGUGAUCACAGAGAAGAAUUUUGCGCUCUUCAUGAAAAGGUUAGUUCCCUGGAAGUAUUUGUCAAGAACUUUGAGAAAAACAAUGUUUGUUGGGAAAUGACGGAUUUCGAAGUAGAGGUAAAAGAAGUUGCAAGUGCUGCUGAACACACAAUUCAACUAAGAGUAACUGAAGUUGUAUUGGCAAAUGAUGAAAAGACACAUGAGAGGCUUUCUGAUACCCUGCAACAAGUAGCAGAGGACAUGGAUCGUAGCCGGAAAGAGUCGACAAAGAAUCAAGAUAAAGGCAAACAAGUAUCAAAGGAAUCAUUGGUUCAUGAUUUUUCAAGUUCAACAAACGAUAUUCUGAAUUUUAACAAUAAUAUGAUUGGACGUGAUGAUCAAAAGGAACGCUUGUUAGAAGAUCUGACUGGAAGCUACUCUGGUGAACCCAAAGUCAUCCCAAUUGUCGGGAUGGGAGGCAUAGGUAAAACAACAUUAGCGAAAGAAGUUUACAAUCAUGAAUCAAUUCUACGCCGUUUUGAUGUUCGUGCCUGGGCUAUUGUAUCUCAACAGCACAACAUAAAGGAAAUUUUGCUGAGCCUUCUGCAAUCGAGGAUCAAAAUGGAUGACAUGGUUAAGACGAAAGAUGAAGCAGAGCUAGCAGAUAUGCUGCAGAAAAGUUUAAAGAGAAAGAGGUACUUAAUUGUCUUGGAUGAUAUCUGGAGUUGUGAAGUGUGGGAUGGCGUGAGACGAUGCUUUCCAACUGAAGACAAUGCAGGGAGUCGAAUACUGUUGACUACCCGUAACAACGAAGUAGCUCGCAAUGCUGGUACAGAGAAUCUUUCCAUGCAGAUGAACUUCAUGGAUCAAGAUGAGAGUUGGAACCUUUUUAAAAGUGCAGCAUUUUCAAACGAAGCAUUGUCAUCUGAGUUUGAGACUAUUGGGAAGAAAAUCGCAGAGAAAUGUCACGGGUUACCACUAACUAUUGUCGUGGUUGCUGGGCUUCUCAAAUAUAAAAGGGAAAUAGAAGAUUGGGAAAGUGUCGCCAUAGAUGUCACGUCAUUCAUCACAAAUGAUCCUGAUGAACAAUGUUCACAUGUGCUUGGGUUGAGUUACAAUCACUUGACUAGCGAUCUAAAAACAUGUCUUCUGCAUUUCGGAAUUUUUCCAGAAGACAGUGAGAUACCAGCGAAGAAUUUGAUGAGAUCAUGGAUGGCUGAGGGGUUCCUGAAGUUGGAAAAUGAUUUGGAAGGAGAGGCUGAGAAGUGUUUGCAAGAGCUUGUUGAUAGAUGUCUAGUUCUCGUCUGCAAGACAAGUGUAGAUGGAACAAAAAUUAGAUCAUGUAAGGUUCAUGAUCUAAUAUAUGACCUGUGCAUGAGAGAAAUUCAAAGGGGAAAUGUUUUUACCAUGAACGACAUUGUGCUUGAUUACUCAGAUUCAGAAUGUCGAUAUCUCAGUAUGCAAAAAAUGCAGCCCUUUAAACGGGUGACUGGUGAUGAAAUUUUUUAUUGUCCCUAUGGUCUUUAUAGGGCUCUUCUUACCCCUGUACAUCGUAAGUUGAGAGAUCAUGACAACAAUGAUCUUUUGAAACGAACCCGUUCUAUUUUCUCUUUUCAUUUUGAGGAUUUAAUGUUUUCUCGUGUUCUCAAAUCAGAGCUUAUUCACUUCAAAUUACUCAAAGUCUUGGAGAUGGGACAUGGAGAGAUUGAUAAUUUCUCUCUACAGAUACUAAGCCUCAUCUGGUUGAGGUACCUAUCAUUGCAAUGUCAUGAGGAGAAUUUAGACAUACCUCCAGAAAUCUGUAGGUUAUGGAAUCUACAGACAUUCAUUGUUCAAGGGUAUCUUUACCCAACUGAAGACAAUAAUUGUCCAGUGCAAAUUUGGGGACUAAUGCAAUUAAGGCAUCUCAAACUGCCCGAAUUUCAUCUGCCAAAUCCCCCAAGCCUAUCUGAUGACAAAGGGAGUCACAUGGGUUUUUCAAACAUACAAACUAUUUCUAAUUUGUCUUCGGAUUGUUGCACGAAGGAGGUUAUUAUGGGGAUUCAGAAUGUCAAAGAAUUAGGAAUCCUUGGAUAUGACACUGGCUCUAUGAGUAUUCGGGACACUGGUCUUCUCAACAAUAUCGUCCAUCUGCAGAAACUUGAAACAUUGAGUCUUACAUUUCGUUUUGGAGGAUUUUGGCCAGCAAGUGCAGAAGCUUUUCCAGCAACGCUCAAGAAGCUGAAGUUAAGACUUACUUCAGUAAGAUGGUCAUACUUGGACAUCAUUGCUGAGUUGCCUAACCUUGAGGUGCUGAAGCUGCUGUAUGCUGCUUGUUGUGGCGAAGAAUGGUAUCCAAAAGUCAGGGGAUUUACUCGAUUGAAGAUUUUGUUAAUUGAAGAUAAUGAUGUCAAGUACUGGAAAGCCACAGAUGACAAUUUUCCUGUCCUUGAGCGCCUCAUGCUUAAAGAGUGCAGAUAUUUGAAAGAGAUACCCAUUGAGUUUGCAGAAAUCCACACACUACAACUGAUUGAGUUAACAAAGUAUCUUCCCGAACUUGGGGAAUCUGCAGCACGAAUUCAUAAAGAACAAGAAGACCUCGGAAACGACCCUGUGGAUGUUCGUAUCUCCGAUCCAUGUAAGUAUAUAUUUAUCAAGGUUACACUUUUCUCAUUUUCUCAAGUCAAGUCAUACACAAAAGUUACUUAGUUGUCCCCCAUAUAACUUGUCCCCCAUAUUCUUUUAUAGAAAUAACUUCGACAAAAUUAGUUAAAACUUUACUUAAAAGUGUUCAUAAUUAUAUUUAUAGGCACUAUGACAAAACAAAUAUGAAAAUUAUAUUUAUUUACUUAAAUGAACUAAUAGUAUGAACAAAAUAUUUAUUCAUAUUCAAUGCUUGUCUAGCUUGUGUAAAUACAGCAUACUGCUGAAUAGUUAAUAAGCCGUUACCAAGUUCUAGUCAUAAAAAAGUUCUUUUCUUUUACAAUGACCAAAAUAACUAGUGAUAUUAGCACAAAAAAAAGAAAAAUUAGUAUAUGAUAAUAAAUAAAGAGUAAAGGAGCUUGUACCCACCAUGUCCGAAUUUGCUACGACACACUCCAACUUCACGGGGUCCUAUUAUAACGUAUUUUUGUCAUCCUUUUUAGCUGACAAGUGAUUGCAUAAACUUCUGGAACUGAAUGCAGAAUCCUCUGUUAAAACUUUUCUAAGUCAAAGAGGAAGAACUCAAGUCGAUAACAUCUCACAUAUUCCCUUAUGAUUUGCUCAAGAUGCUUUAUUGAAAAUCCAUAAUUUAGAGUCAGCGGAUUCAAAAUAUUUGUCACACUUUUAAAUGAUUGUCAUAUGUGUAUUCUUGUGUCUGCCAGUGUGUGUAUGUGUGUUGUCACAUGAGGUUGAGUUGAAAGAUGUGAGUUUGGUUGAACACGCUCUAAAUCUGCAUCUGAAUAAUGUGACUUGUCAAACUUCUACUGCCCUUUUUGUUUCUUCUCAGUGGACUAGAGUAGUUCUGAUUCAGAAGAAUAUUAGCAAAGGAGUUCAAGGGCAGAAGGAUUGAACACUUGGGAUUUCAUUUCGGUUCCUCGUCGCAAAUUACCACUAUAUUAUCGGUUUCAAGCAACGUGUGGGUUCCAAGGAGAUGUGAUCCCUUAUGUAUUGUAACAUAUUUUUGCGUUGAAAGAAUAUUUAGUAAUAUUACUCAGUUGGGCAUUUCUAAAGUUUUGAGUUCAUGAGCUCACAAUGGUUAACACAAUCGCACACUCAUUUUAGUUGGUAAUGUUAUUUAUUAAAUGAACGGAAAUGUGCAUUUGUAUGGUGAUCCGUUAGCGGCGCAGCUAGCAGACAUGAUACCAAAAAAUUUAAAUGGUAAGUGUACUUCAUUGUUGACGGGUUCCAUGGAUCGAUCCAUGCGAGAGUUGGAACCUUUUUAAGAGUAAAGCAUCUAGAGCUGGAUGCAUCGUUGCAACUUUGGUCAUAGUUCGAGGGGUACUGGAUGUUUAUCUCUUAAAUAGAGCUGUGUUUAUAAAUGAAGCAUUACCAUCUUAAUUUGAGACUAUCGGGAAGCAGAUUAUAGAUAAAUGUAUCUCGGUUGUGGGGAUUUUGUCUAAAUCUAUAGACAUUGGAAGAUUCGAAAAA